UAGCAUAAAGAAGAAAACACUGUGAAAAACCGAGUCUCGAUUGAUGAUAAAAGAAAAGAAAAACCCUCUUCCAUAGAAAGAAAGAAUGGAUGCAGAAAGAGCUUUAGAGCUGGUGAAAAAAGGAGGGAGUCUUGUUUUCCUUGAAGUUCCUCAACAAACACUCGUUGGCAUCGAUACUCAGAUGUUUUCCGUGGGACCUAAAUUUAAAGGUAUCAAGAUGAUUCCUCCGGGUCCUCAUUUUAUCUAUUACAGCUCGUCAAACAGAGGUGGCAGUGAAUUUUCGCCAAUGAUUGGUUUCUUUAUCUUUGUGAAUCCUUCUGAGGUAAUUAUUCGUAAGUGGGAUCUACAAGAGGAGCGACUAGUCAAAGUAUCAGCAGAAGAGGAAGAGAGAUACUCUUUAGCUGUACAAGGUUUUGAGUUCGACCAGUAUCUUGGGCCUUAUACGCUAAGUCAGUUUGGAGAAUGGCAGAUGUUAUCAAACUACAUUACAAAGAGUGUCAUUGAACGUAUUGAACCCAUCGGAGCAGAGAUCACUGUAAAUAAUGAACCUGACAUUCUUGGAAGCAGUCCUAAAACUGCAAUGGAGGAAGUUUUGUCUGAGCAAUUAAAGAAUUCCAAGAUUCCAAUAUCUGAUGAUAAGCUUAAAAAAAGAGGUUGUUACUACACUAAAAUACCCCGUCUAAUUAAGCAAAAGGGAAUCCCGGGGCAAGACCUUACUUCCUUAAAUCUUGAUAAGACAAGUCUGUUGGAAAGCAUAUUGAUGAAAGACUACGGAGGAGCUGAGGAUAUGCUUCUUGGAGAGCUGCAAUUUGCUUUUGUUGCAUUUUUGAUGGGACAAUCACUUGAAGCCUUUUUUCAAUGGAAAGCUUUUGUCCACCUUCUGUUUGGCUGUACUGAAGCUCCACUCCACACACGGAGUCAUCUGUUUACCAAGUUCAUCAAGGUCCUCUAUUAUCAACUCAAAUAUGCAUUUCAGAAAGAACACUCAGACAAUAGCAUUGAUGCAAAAGGGCCUCUAACAUUGUUAGAUGAUUCUUUCUUGGCGGCUGAUAGUUUUCUUCAACAUUUGUGCAAGGAGUUCUUUUGGCUUGUGCUUGAAGCUCCCUUUGUUGAUGGGGACCUUUUGUCUUGGACACGGAAGCUAAAGGGAUUACUUGAGGUGUCUCUAGGUUGGGUAUUUCAGCAGGAGAAUACGGGGGAUGGUGUGUUUUAUGAAGAAGACGACGAGUUUGCUCCGGUGGUGGUGAUACCAGAUGACUCGAGUUACAAUGAGUUCCCGGCUUCUUAAGCAUCUGAAAACAAAAUCAAGCUUUUUCCUGGGUUUUACGUAGUUAUUAGUGGGUAUUCGCCAGAUGAGUCAAGUUACUAUGAGUUUCCGGCUUCUUAAGCAUCUGAAAACAACAUCAAGCUUCUUCCUGGGUACUAGGUAUUAGUGGGUAUUCGCCAGCUCAAGAAUCUAUAUUCAAAUGUGGUUGAAAUGAAUAGCAUAUGGCACGACAUAAUAGAUAGACAAAAUUCCAAUUGUAGCUUGAGAGUUUUGCAUGAUUAAUGAUGUAAAUUUUGAUGAAUAGAUAAUCAAUCCAUUAUCAUGUUGGAGUA